AUGGCAUUAUCAGAUCGGAUAAUAAUAGAAUUUCAAAAAAAGUUAACAUACGUUCAAGUGAGAUCUAACAUCUUCGAUAUUGAAGCUCAUGUGAAUCACCAAACGAUGUCACUAAAUUCAUCAUCAUCAAUAAUUAAUAAUGCCACUUCGGUAUUCGAACAAGAACUUCAGAGUAAUGAUUUGAACUCCGAUUACUUUCCAUUUUUUAAACUUAUAACAUCGACAAUAGACGCAAUAUGGGAGCAAAGUGAACAUCUGCAAUUAAACACAACAGCAUGGAAUAGGUUUGGAGCUAUAAGCAAAUAUUGUUGUUCAAUUUACGGGUUGUCAUGUUUAAUAAUGGCUUUAAUUUUGAAUCGAACUUUAGUUAUGGCAUCAACCAAUAAUAUUCAUAAUCAACAAAUGGCAAUAAAUAGACAAAGACAUUUAGGCGGUAGAAGUACAUUGAUGAAUGCGUAUAAACUGGCUACGGUUUUGAGAAAAUUGAGCGUAUUAAGUUUUAGAAUUGGAAUUGUGGGGAUGCUAGUAUUACAAAUUUAUAACGUUCUAGUGACGUUGAAAUUGAAUCAACAAUUGGGUAUUGCGUCGAAUUCCGAUAUUAUGUGGUUCUAUAAUCUAAUUCCUAGCAAUUUGUUUAAUUAUACUGCAGAAAAAUUUGCUGAUUCAAAAUACAUGAAAACACCGGCCAAGCAAGUCAUGAUUGGACCAACCAGUGAUAUGUAUUGGCCAAUAUUUUUGACAUUUUGUGCAUCAUCAUUUGUGGAAACUUUUGUUGCGUCAAUUCAAGGUAGAAAACCUUUUACGGAAAGUGGUAUCACCAUUUUCGAACAUUCAUUGGCAUUUCAAGAGUUUAGUAGCAACGCAGCUUUUUUCUUCAGUAAUUCAAAUAAUUUUAAAAGACCCACUGAGGAAGUUUUAAUUGUUUCAUUGUUUCUGAUAUUAAAUCAUUUAAAUAUUCAUAUUGGAGCUAUAGUUAAUAAUAAUAGGUAUAGAUUAAUUCCAUCCACAAUCAUUGGAGUUGGGUUCCUAUCAUACUUUAUAAAUGCCAUGGCUCAUGAUAAAUUCUUCAAAUUUCCAACAAUUUUAAUAAUGACGUUCACCCCUCAAGUGUUGAUAAUGUACGUUAUAAUGAUAAGCUUGACGAUUUUUAUUUGUGCAAUCAUCGCAAACGGUUUUAAACUACAAGGUUUAAAUUAUGCAAGUUUCUUUUUACAUGAACAUAAUUCUAAUGAACUUGAAAAUGAAGUUAAUCAUGAGGAAGAAGGGGACAGUUUUUCAAAUUUCAAUAUCAGUUUGAAAGAUGACUUUUAUACAGCAUUAUUAAAUUUAGGGGUUUUAGCUAUAACACUGGCAGGAAAAUCAAGCUACAUAACGGAGUUAAGUCUUGUAACAUUAGAUUCUGAUACAUGGAUUGAAAGAAACCCAAGACAACGUGUUAAAUCUGUUUUUGGAUAUCAAAAUAUAAUAGAUAAACCAGGGCCUAAUUUGAUCACAUUUGCUGCUCCAAAUGAGGAAGACAAAACGGACUUUAAUCAACGAGAUACGAUCAACAGUGUAUUCAGGAAAAGAUACUUGUACAUGAAUCAAAUUGUGUCAUAUCUACUUCAAUUACUUUAUGGCAUUGUGGGCAAAAUAAUCAAAUACCCUUUCACAUUCUUUCAGAAGAAAGACUCACAACCUGCAAGUUACGAACAAAGAAUUUUGAAAACCCCCAAAUUUUUGAGAAAAUACGUGAAAAAGAAUAACGAAAGACGUAAAACUAUUGACAUAAAUGCAUUUAGUGACGAAGAUGUAGAGUUGAAUUAUGCAUCAAUAUUAAUGGGCCAAGAUUUGAAUAACAAUGAUGAUUCAAAUGAUUUUACUGUCCUUCAAGAAUCUGAAUAUGAAUCUGACUCUGAAUAUGAAGUUGAAGAAAUCAGCGUCAUAAGCCAUCCAACAACUGACAUUACUAGAUCACCACUAUAUGAAAUUUUGAAUGAUGAGGAAUCGAGUAAUACAAACUUUGAAGGUAGAUUGACAAGAUCGAAAUACAAAGAACUAAAAUGCUCGAGUAAGAACUCAGAUGAAAGUAGUAAACUAAUAGAACUAAUACUUACAAAUAGAUCAAAUAAUUAUGAUAAAGUAAAACAAGAUCACCUGGAAUCAAACCAUUUGGAAUGCGUCAUUUGUCAAACUAACAUGAGAGAAAUUAUAACUUGGCCAUGUAAAUGUUUCGCCAUAUGCGAAUCAUGUAGAUUGAGCUUAGUUAGUAAAGGAAUUGAAGGUUGCGUCUGUUGCAGAAGAGAUGUUCAAGGAGUUUCCAAAAUUUUUAUACCCUAG